AAAUCCCGUGAAUACACAUAAAAGCAAGCAUACAUUGCAUAUAGAAAGAAAAUUUAAUCCGUUCAAAAUUUUGAAAUCUGAUCAUCAUCACAAACAAUUCUUGAUCAAUACUAAAAAAUGGUGAUGAUUGAUCAAUAUAUUUUGGGUGGAUUUGUUGCUUCUCUAUUUGGAUUUGUUUUGUUGUAUAACUUGAGAAGAAAGAUGAAGAAGAACGAAGGUUCAAAGCUUGUACAUAAAGAUCAAUGCAUUAAGACCUCAAAUGACGGAAUUCACCUGCCUGCGGUCGACGUCGGAAGAACUGACGUAAUUAUUGUCGGUGCUGGUGUCGCUGGGGCGGCGUUGGCUUAUACACUUGGAAAAGAGGGACGACGAGUUCAUGUUAUAGAAAGAGACUUAACCGAGCCAGAUCGGAUUGUUGGUGAACUUCUACAGCCUGGAGGCUAUUUGAAAUUAAUUGAGUUAGGUCUUGAAGAUUGUUUACAAGAUAUCGAUGCUCAACGAGUUUUCGGAUAUGCCCUUUAUAUGGAUGGUAGAAACACUAAGUUGUCUUAUCCGCUGGAGAAAUUCAAUUCGGAUGUCUCAGGAAGAAGUUUUCAUAAUGGCCGUUUUGUACAAAGGAUGAGAGAAAAGGCUGCAACCCUUCCUAAUGUAAGACUUGAACAAGGAACGGUGACAUCCUUGCUUGAAGAAGAAGGGACAAUCAAAGGAGUGCAAUACAAGACUAGGAAUGGUGAAGAAAUGACUGCAAGUGCUCCUCUCACCAUUGUAUGCGAUGGCUGUUUCUCAAACUUGAGGCGCUCUCUUUGUACUCCGAAGGUGGACGUCCCCUCUUGUUUUGUUGGUUUGGUCCUGGAAAAUUGUGACCUCCCAUUUGCAAAUCACGGGCAUGUUGUUCUUGCGGACCCAUCGCCUAUCUUAUUUUAUCCUAUCAGCAGCAGUGAAGUUCGUUGCUUGGUUGAUGUCCCGGGACAAAAAGUGCCUUCCAUUGCUAAUGGUGAAAUGGCCACAUAUUUGAAGACGGUGGUAGCUCCUCAGAUUCCUUCUCAGCUGUAUGAUGCAUUCAUAGCAGCAAUUGACAAAGGAAAUAUAAAAACAAUGCCAAACAGAAGUAUGCCAGCAAAUCCUCAUCCCACCCCGGGUGCCAUACUAAUGGGAGAUGCAUUCAAUAUGCGACAUCCUUUAACCGGGGGAGGAAUGACCGUGGCUCUAUCAGAUAUAGUCGUUAUCCGAAAUCUUCUUCGACCAAUACAUGAUCUAAAUGAUGCUGCUACCCUGUCCAAGUAUCUUGAGUCCUUUUAUACCCUUAGAAAGCCUGUAGCAUCUACUAUAAAUACACUGGCAGGUGCACUUUACAAAGUAUUUUGUGCAUCACCUGAUCAGGCAAGGAAAGAAAUGCGCGAAGCGUGUUUUGACUACUUGAGCCUUGGAGGCAUUUUCUCCAAUGGUCCCGUGUCUUUACUCUCUGGUCUGAAUCCACGCCCUUUGAGUCUUGUGCUCCAUUUCUUUGCCGUGGCUGUCUAUGGCAUUGGCCGCUUAUUUCUUCCAUUUCCUACACCAAAACGGAUUUGGUUAGGGGCUAGAUUGCUUUCAGGCGCGUCUGGAAUUAUAUUUCCAAUUAUGAAUGCAGAGGGAUUUAGGCAAAUGUUCUUCCCUGCUACUGUUCCAGCCUACUACAGAUCUCCCCCAGCUAAUUAACCAAGGCGUUAAAUUCUUUUCCUCAUUAGUUGUUUCUUUUUAUGUAUUAGUGUGGUCUCUCCCCAAAAUAGAGUCAAGACGUCACCAUUAGCUUGAGAAAGAGAAUUCUGUUUAAGCAUUUUUUAUAUAUGCCUAAUUCUGAAAAUAAAUAUUCCAUCUCAUCUUGUACGAUAUGGCAUUUGAUAAUAUAAUAAAUUUGAGAGUAAAGUUUGUUGGAUAA